AUGCUUCUUCUUUCUCCUUCAAUCUUCUUCUUCUUCUUUGGUUUCCUUCAUUCUUCUUCCUUUCCCUCCUCUUUUCUAAAUUCAUUUCUCUUCUUCUUCUUUCUUCUUUCUUUUUCAAAUUCUUCUCUCUUCUUUUUCAUUCUUCUUCUUCAUCCUCCUUUUCUAAAUUCAUUCAUCUUCUUCUUCCUCUUUUUGCAUUCUUCCUUCUUCUUCUUCUUUCCUCCUCUUUCUCCUCUUCUUUUUGCAAUUCUUUCAUCUCCUCUUCUUCUUCUUCCUUUCCUCCUCUUUCAUUUCUUCUUUCAAUCAUUCUUCUUCCUUUCAUUCCUCCUCUUUCUAAAUUCAUUUUCUUCUUCUUCUUCUUCUUUGCAUUCUCCUUCAAUGCAUUCUUCUUCCUUCAUCAUCCUCCUCUUUCUAAAUUCAUUCCUCUUCUUCUUCUUCUUCUUCUUUGCAUUCUCCUUCAAUGCAUUCUUCUUCCUUCACUUCCUCCUCUUUUCUAAAUUCAUUUCUUCUUCUUUUUUAAUCUUCUUCUUCUUCAUUCAUCCUCCUCUUUCUCCUUCAAUUCAUUUCUUCUUUCUUUUGCAUUCUUUUUUGCAUUCUUCUUCCUUCAUCCUCCUCUUUCUAAAUUCAUUCCUUCUUCUUCUUCCUCUUCUUUGCAUUCUCCUUCAAUGCAUUCUUCUUCCUUCACAUCCUCCUCUUUCUAAAUUCAUUCCUCUUCUUCUUCUUCAUUCUUCUUCUUUGCAUUCUUCUUCUUCAUUCUUCUUCCUUCUUCUUCUUCUUCUUCUUCAUUCUUCUUCUUCUCCUCCUCUUUCUUUCAUUUCAUCUUCUUCUUCUUCUUCUUUGCAAUCUUCCUUCAAUCCUCCUCUUCUUCCAUUCAUCUUCUUCUUUUUGCAUUCUUCUUCCUUCUUCUUCCUUCUUCCUUUCCUCUUCUUCUUCUUCUUCAUUCUUCUUCUUCUUCCUCCUCUUUCAAAUUCAUUCAUUCCUUCUUCUUCUUCUUCUUUGCAAUCUCUUCUUCUUUUUGCAUUCUUCUUCCUUCAUCUCCUCUUUCUAAAUUCAUUCCUCUUCUUCUUCCUCUUCUUUGCAUUCUCCUUCAAUGCAUUCUUCUUCCUUCAUCCUCCUCUUUCUAAAUUCAUUCCUCUUCUUCUUCUUCUUUCUUUUAAAUUCUUCUUUCUUCUUCCUUCACUCCUCCUCUUUCUUUCAUUCAUCUUCUUCUUCUUCUUCUUUUCUUCCUUCAUUCCUCCUUUUCUAAAUUCAUUCUUCUUCUUCUUCUUCUUCUUUAUUCUUCUCCUUCAAUCUUCUUCUUCUUCAUUCUUCUUUGCAUUCUCCUUCAAUUCAUUCUUCUUCUUCUUUGCAUUCUUCCUCCUCUUUCCUCUCUUUCAUUCAUUCUUCUUCUUCCUCUUCUUUGCAUUCUUCAAUGCAUUCUUCUUCCUUCAUCCUCCUCUUCUUUCUAAAUUCAUUCAUUCUUCUUCUUCUUUGCAUUCUUUCUUCAUUCUUCUUCCUUCACUUCCUCCUCUUUCUAAAUUCAUUCAUCUUCUUCUUCUUCUUUUUCAUUCUCCUUCUUCUUCUUCCUUCACAUCCCUCUUUUCUAAAUUCAUUCCUCUUCUUCUUCUUCUUCUUUUUGCAAUCUCCUUCAAUGCAUUCUUCUUCCUUCACUUCCUCCUCUUUCUAAAUUCAUUCCUCUUCUUCUUCUUCUUCUUUUUCAUUCUCCUUCAAUGCAUUCUUCUUCCUUCUUCCUCCUCUUUCUAA